AUGCUUUCACUUCUAAGGAUUGAUCGUGUACUUGGGUUUACGAAUAGAUGUCUUAAAUCGAAACAAGAACAUUUCAGUAUCAUGAGCUUUAGAGGAAACGCUGUAAUGGAUGGAAGCAAGAAGCAAAAGAUGGUGAAUUUAGUGUGGAGACCUAUCUCCACUCAGUCCUCUUCAAAUGUUGAUUCAGAAGCUGGAAGUAAUGUCCAAGACGGUCAGUGUAGUAAAUCAAGUGGUGUUAUUGAGACAGCAUCAGCUGGAAAGCAUUCGGUUUCUCUUGAGGUUGGGGCUUCUUUGAUGAGGUUCAUCAAAGGGAAAGAAGGGACUACACAGAUGAAAAUUGAAGAGGAGAUGGGAGUGAAGAUCAUUUUUCCAUCAUCAAGAAACGAAGAUCACAUCAUCAUUGAAGGUGGUUCAGUGGACUGUUUGACCAAAGCUUCAGAAAGAAUAGCUACCAUUAUCGAUGAGGUUGUAAGGAGUCCGAGUCUUGACUACUCACACUUUGUAUCACUUCCAUUAGCCAUACAUCCUGAGUUAGUGGCAAAGCUAGUCAAUUUUCAGAAGUCUAUACUACAAGACGUCCAGCCAGUGGAUGAAACCACAAGUGUGGCGGUCAAUCUAAAAGCUAAUAGUGAGACAAGACAAGUCAAUGUGGAGAACAGGAGCAUACAAGUUGUCAGUUACCCACCUAAGGCAAAAGAAGCUACGUCGUCUACUUUGUUUGACUUGGGAAUUGAAAAGUCCAUAUUCAUUAAGCCGAAUACAUUUCACUUGACUGUGCUUAUGCUGAAGUUAUGGAACAAAGAUCGACUCAAUACGGCCCGUGAUGUUCUGAAGAGUAUAUAUCCUAGUGUGAUGGAUGCUUUGGAUAACCGGCCAUUAUUCAUUAGACUUAAAGGACUGGAUUGUAUGAGAGGAUCAUUAGCUAAGGCUCGUGUGCUGUACAUUCCUGUUGAAGAAAUUGGUGAUGAAGGCAGGCUUUUACGUGCUUGUAAAGUUAUAACUGAUGCAUUUGUGAAAGCUGGACUUGUUCUUGAAAAAGAUGCAAAUCAAAGCUUGAAGCUGCACGCAACCGUGAUGAACGCAAGGCACAGGAAAAGAAAGGACAAAAGAAAGAAGAUGGAUACGUUUGAUGCAAGAGAGAUACACAAGCAGUUCGGAAACGAAGACUGGGGAGAGUAUCUGAUCCAAGAAGCUCAUCUCUCUCAGCGUUUUGUGUUUGACCAGAGUGGUUAUUACCGUUGCUGUGCUUCCAUACCAUUUCCCGGAGAACACAGAGACUGAGAAGAAACAUUGAACCGGCCACAGUCUCACGUCUUAAUUUUUCUUGUCAGGUCUAAGUCCCAACAUGUGUCUGCUAUUUGUUUCUUUAUGACUUAGUAGAUCUGUGUGUGGUGUGUGGCAUCGUAUGAACUCUUACAACUUUUGAGAGGUGAACCAGAUUGUAAAGUUGUACCGGUCAUCUUGUGUUAACCAAAUAAGUGUCUUCGGUUUGGGCUGUCUUGGUCUUUAAUAAACCGAUCGAUAACGUUCUUGUACCUUUUUUUUUUUUUUUUUUACAAUUAAUACAUAUACUAGGUGUUUUUC